GCAAAGAUUAGAAGUGUUUUGGCUUUAAUUUUUCUAACUGGCAAUUGUAUUCCUAAUAGUAUUUGUUAAGAACAUGUUUUAUUUUUUCCAAGUUAUUCAGUUGAACUUUGGUCGGAUGCCGUGGACAUCUUGUUAAACGUUGCUUUCUUUCUACUUGGUUGAUUAAUUUAUUAACGGAAAGCUGAUUGUUGAGAGAACAGUAUAACACAAACAAGGGCUUUAUCUUUUGCUGUCUAUGAAAUCAUUCAUUGUACCCAACAUAAUACACCGAAAUUUCCAUCAACCUGUUUGUUCCGUGCUGAAAUACAGAGCAUUCUGUUUAUCACGUGCUUGGAAAGUGAGCUCGGCCAGUAUUACGCCGAUGCAAGCUUGAAUGGUGCGCUCUCUUCCAGUGAGUUUAACCGGUCAGAUCAGUUGCAGUAUUUCUCUCGUAGUAGAUUGACGUUGUUAAUAUGGUAUACAGCACCAAACAACAUGUGUUCUUAGUUGAAACAAAUGCUAUUCAUCCUAUGGAAGGUGCCGCUGUGUGCAAGUGUUCGUAGCAAGUGCAUGAUAGGUUAGAAAAAAAAAAUUCGUGUACGGAACCAGUGAUGGAUAAAAAGAACAGGAAACGGAGUGUAUUAACAGAAGAGGAAAUAGAUGGGAUUGGGGCUUUCUUAGAAAAAUAGUCCAAGGAAAUCUUCGACUCGUUUAGCUACACAAUUCGGGGUGUCAUUGGUAUCUACUCGCACAGCAACGAGACUUUGAAAUUGUGAAGAGACAUGAAACUUGCCUGCAAGCACAGUGUACAGCAACAGUGAUUUCAAAUCGAACAGUCGGCCCAUGUGGUGUUGAAUAUGUCUUGAGACAUGGGCCAAGCUGGAAGCGCUCUUGGGCACACAACGCCGAGGUCCGGAGGCAGUGGGGGCACGAACAACUUGCCGCCAAUCCUGUUCCACCAGGUACACGGAGACAACAUCCGCAUCUCGCGGGACGGGACAGUGGCCAGACGAGCUGAGAGCUUUUGCAAGGGCGUCACGUUUAGCGGCCGACCCAUCAAGGUGGCGGAGAAGGUCUGCGUCAAGUUCCUUGAAGUUUCAAACAACUGGAGUGGAGUAAUUCGCUUUGGAUUCACGUGCAAUGACCCCAACAAUCUCCGAUAUGGCCUUCCCAAAUAUGCCUGCCCAGACCUGACAAAUAAGCCUGGGUAUUGGGCGAAGGCACUGGCAGAGAGGUUUGCAGAGCGAGAUACGGUACUUUUCUACUACGUAACCCAAGCAGGAGACGUCCACUUCGGUAUCAAUGGCGAGGAGAAAGGAGUGUUCUUCAGCGGCGUGGAGACCAGGGGACCACUGUGGGCUAUCAUCGACGUCUACGGAAAUUCAACCGCUAUCGAGUUGGUGGACCCUCGACAGCAGCUCAACAACUCUCGCCGCAAUCUCGCCGUGGGAGGCGACGCCAGUCCCGGAGACACCGCUGCCAUGGAGCGGCUCAUCCUUCCAUCUUUUGCUGCCCUCAGCAUCAACCAACAGAAUCACCAGCAGUUACAGUCACAGAGGAGCGCAGUGGAUGAUCCACCCACUAACGCGAUGCCUGGAACUAGGUUCCAGCAGCCAGGAACCUUUUUCAACCCACUGCCCUUCCACAGGACGCGUGGUCGCAACAUAAGGCUGAGCAACGAUCGCUGUAUCGCCAGUCGCACAGACACAGAAUUCUGCCACGGCUACGUGUUUACCGCGCGACCUAUCCAGCUUGGCGAAAAAAUUGUGAUACAAGUUCUGGCCACAGAACCCAUGUAUGUCGGAGCAUUAGCGUUUGGCCUAACGUCUUGUGACCCUGCCACGAUCCAGGGAGCAGAUCUUCCAGACGACGCUGACCUCCUCCUAGACCGGCCUGAGUACUGGGUAGUCAGCAAAGACGUUGCCAGUUUUCCUCAGCGAGGAGAUGAACUGUCAUUCUGCGUGACACAUACAGGUGAAGUCCAGUUCUCGAAGAAUGGUAGUGCACCGUUGGUGUUCAUGCAUGUGGACCAGACGCUACAGCUAUGGGCGUUCUUUGAUGUGUAUGGCAGCACGCAGAAAGUUCGUAUACUUGGCAGCUGUGUCGAGCCGCACCAUCCCCAUUCAUCUUCAGGGUCAAGAAAUUCGUCUCCUCCGCCAAGAGCGAUCGAUCCUUCCCUAGUAGCGGGGCGACUCCGUGUGAAUUUGCCCUGCAGCAUGAGUAAUGGCACAAACAGCAACAACGGCGUCUCAUUGGAAGGUCACGGACAGCCUAACAGCGUGCCAGUUCCAGUGUCGGUGUCGCAGCGGUUCUGCUGCGCCGGGCCCACGCCGCCUCCGACAGCUACCGCCGAGUUGGUCCAGUACCAGCCGUCAGUGGGCGGUGGCAUCUCUCUUGUAGUAAAUCUCCCACCGGCCCAUUCAAACUACCUCAACCAACAGAAUCAGCAGAAUCAACAUCAGCAUCAGAGCGCGUUGCCUGCAGUGACAACUCAGCAUCACAUGCAGUCGUCACAACCUUCAGUACCUGUCGAUCUUCAACCCUCUUCCUCAGGCACUCUGCUUUCUACUUACAGUCACACCUACAUUGAGCCUGUGUCAGCUACGUCCUAUUCUACUCUGGACUCGACAGCAACGAUGCAGCAGUGGGCAGAUGCAACAGCUGCUACAGGGGGUAGUGGAACUGAAUGUACAAUUUGCUAUGAGCGUCCUAUUGACAGUGUUUUGUACAUGUGCGGUCACAUGUGCAUGUGCUACGAGUGUGCCGUCCAACAGUGGAGGGGCAAGGGCGGUGGCCACUGCCCGCUCUGCAGGGCCGUCAUACGCGACGUGAUCCGAACCUACAAAUCCUGAUAGCGGGCCUUGGCCUCCACACCCAGCAACCUUUGCCUCCACACCUGGGAGCAGGGUAAGUGUAGCGCAGUCACAAGAAGAGAUGUCCUUCCAGUUUGUGGUAUAAAUAUGUAAUGUCUUCAAGUUUACAUUGAGCAGUCGUUCAGCGGCAUUCAAGAAGGGAAGAACGCUAGAUCUGAGCUGGGUAUAACUUGGCCGAAGGGAGUUUAGACACAAGGACUUGACAGAACAUUCCAACAUUAAGGAUGUAAUCACGUAACGAAGGUUGUCACAAGACCAAAUUGUGAUGUUGAGAUGUGUAUGGUUACAGUUGAAUCAGUGUCGGAUGCACAGACCGGACUGACAGUCUGCGGUUUUCACGUUAAAAUUAGCCUAAUUGUAUGUUUUGUCUGGCGUCUCUUAUUUUGGAAUUACGCUUCGCAGGCUGGAAUAAACAUGCAUGUGCCCAUUUUAAACCACGUCUCGAGACUGCAUUUUUAGAAUAAUCUCAGCCGGAAUUUCAUCCAAGUUGGAAUUAAUUUAUUUUAACACGUGGUUAAUUAUCAAGGACAUUUUAAGUAUUCGCGUCUUGUACGAGCAGCCAAAGAUUGGGCUUCCGUAAACAGUCGUCCCAUCUAAGAUGGUAGAACGUUGAGUUGGAAUGGUCUAGAGGAAUCCUCCGCAUUCGUAGGUUCACUUUCGUUGUAUACGAAGCUGUCUUCUGUGCGUUGUCGUGAUGGGAUCGUAUUACUGCGGAGAUUAAGCACAUCUCGGCAUGUUAAUUUAAUGAGUCAAUAACUGAAGGCGCUGGUCAGUGACACCGUGCACAAAUGUGAAGGCGGUUCGCGUUUGCGUCGUAAUAUGACUUCACAAUAAUUGUUUCUAACCAAAGAAGAUAGGACAGGGAUUCUCCUGUUGUUUUGAUAUAUGUAUGUGGGGCUGACAUGCCUCGAGUACAAAGUGGCGUCGUUUCUUUGUAUUUCGCUGCUGUAGAAAACUAGUUUUUUUUUAUGUAUUCAAUUAUGAUUUAGUUCAUUUCUUUUUUCUGCUUUGUGGUCUUUCAGGCUGAGACUUUUUUUAUGCGAGUGUGCGAAAGAUUUGCUUGCGUGACUGUGGUUACGUGUACGUACGUGAAGGUGUAUCACUGAUCAUAUGAUUGUUUUUUUACAUUGGUAGCAGUGUCGUGCUUUUCUACUUGGUGUGAUUGUUCAUUAGUCCUCCAAGCUUUAGGUCAAGAGUACAUUCAGUGGCAGCACGUGUUAUAUAUCUAAUCAGCAGAUUCGUACAUUGUUCCCGGUUGCGGUUAAAAGAGUUCUGAUGCGAAGAUUUUCCUUCUCUUCGUUGCCGAGACAUUCCAUUUGUCCUUUUCCUCUCUCUCAGAUGUAGUGGAAUUCUAGUCAUAUUGUAAAUUAUUAAUGGUGAUAAGUGUGAAGUACUUCCUAAGCUUUGUCCUACGUAGCCACUUGUUAUUAGUACGUAAGGUGUAUUUGUUUGGGUUUAUUUCGAGUUUUCCUUUCCUGUAACACGUAAUUAAAUCAGACGUUAGAUGACGUACGGCGGAAAUUGAAUGUCGUAAUGGAAAUGAUCUGGCCGAGUGAAUAACGCUCGCCACUAGAGAAUUUUCACUCUGCUGCCAUAGAAACAAGGGAUUGCCAAAUUGUAGUUUUCUGUGACACAUAGGGGUGUACAUCCAGUCAUGAAAAAAUGACUGUUUAAUUUCGUUAGGUAAUUGAUGCCCUUUAACGCAGAGGGCACAGGAAUUUGUGAACAACGCUCAUUUUUCUGAGUUAAUUAUUGUUUAUAAAAAUAUUUCCCCUCGGCUGCACGAGAGUUUGAAAGAAUAGGCUGGCAUGAAACUUAUUUUAAGCAACGUUAUUUUCGAUGUUUGUAGAUAUCAAAAGUUGUUUGUAAUACUGUAAAAUGCUCUUAAGUUGAAAAAUGAUUUAUUAUUGUGCGAAUUUAUUUCGUACAUUCAAUAAUAAAGUUUUAAGAACAGUGGAUGUGAUUGCUUCUUAAGUUGUGCGUCUUGGUGGCUUCUGGUGGUCGAUAGAGGUCUUCUUCUUUCCGUUCUAUCCCUAGAAAGUUUUUUCUGCUGUUCCGAGUGCAAUGCUUUGAUAUUUGAUGUUUAUAUUCCCUGAUUUAGAAUGGUUCUUCAUGUUCACAUUGAGUUUGUUGUACACAAAUGUGUUUUCCAUUAAGUUGUAUACAGUGAGCUUAAGUGUCUUUAUGAAAUGUUUGUAAGUUUUCAGGUUAUAUAACUAAAUAAAGAACCAUCUUAUCUAA